UGGUACUUCCGGAAGAGAGGCCCCUCUGUUUCCAGGUGAGCCUCUAUGGUGCAGCUGUGGAUUCCGCUCGCCGACUUCCCCUCAGGUGAGCAUGCGCGCGGGCUGAGCGUGCCCUAGCAACAGAAAGCGGGAGGCGAUAGCAACCAGGAUGAGGCGAAUGGGAAGAUACUCAUUUGAAGAGAGAACUUAAUAGUUGCUGCAGCUUAUCAUCCGGAAGUGAUCUGACAGCUAGAAGUCACCUUCAGUAGAAUGGCUAAAGCAACAACUAUUAAGGAAGCUCUAGCCAGAUGGGAAGAAAAAAAUGGCCAGAAGCCAUCAGAGGCCAAGGAAGUGAAGCUUUAUGCCCAGAUUCCUCCUAUAGAGAAGAUGGAUGCAUCUCUUUCCACUCUUGUUAAUUGCGAGAAGUUAUCUUUAUCUACAAACUGCAUUGAAAAAAUUGCCAACUUGAAUGGUCUAAAAAACUUGCGAAUUUUGUCAUUGGGGAGAAACAACAUAAAGAAUCUAAAUGGGCUGGAAGCAGUUGGUGAUACUUUAGAGGAACUUUGGAUUUCCUAUAACCAGAUUGAGAAAUUGAAAGGGCUCCAUGUCAUGAAAAAGCUGAAAAUUCUCUACAUGUCCAAUAAUCUGGUGAAAGACUGGGCGGAGUUUGUGAGGCUGGCAGACUUACCCCUGUUGGAAGAUCUGGUGUUUGUGGGUAAUCCACUGGAAGAGAAAUACUCGGCUGAUUCACAGAGUGCCUGGGUUGAAGAAGCAACCAGGCGAGUGCCCAGGCUGAAGAAACUUGAUGGGAUUCCAGUUAUUAAGCAGGAGGAAGGCGAAGAAGGAGAAAACUAGCAGAACGUUUCUUUCUUUCCCCUUAAAUUAUUGAUGUAUCUCCAGCAAUUAUACACUAGGCGAAGCUUUUAUAUAAAAAUGACUUUGAAGAAAA